CCCCCUUUUUGCCCUUGUUUAGAUUCUGCCUCCAUCUCUCCCACCUCUUCGAUCAGAUCGAUCUUUGCGUUUCGUAAUAUCAGGCAACCAUUUUUGUAUACUGAACUCAUGACGCUUGGCUCAGGAGGAUCCAGUGUGGUCGUGCCUCGGAAUUUCAGAUUGUUGGAGGAGCUUGAGCGUGGUGAAAAGGGUAUUGGAGAUGGCACUGUGAGUUAUGGAAUGGAUGAUGGCGAUGACAUUUAUAUGCGUUCUUGGACCGGUACCAUCAUUGGUCCUCACAAUUCUGUACAUGAAGGCCGCAUAUAUCAAUUGAAGCUAUUUUGUGACAAAGAUUACCCCGAGAAGUCUCCUACCGUCCGUUUCCAUUCUCGGAUCAACAUGACUUGCGUCAACCAUGAGACUGGAGUGGUGGAGCCGAAGAAGUUUGGGAUACUGGCAAAUUGGCAGAGAGAGUACACAAUGGAAGAUAUACUGACACAGCUGAAGAAAGAAAUGGCGGCUCCACAUAACCGGAAGCUAGUUCAGCCGCCAGAAGGUACGUUUUUCUAGCUGAUAUGAUAUUAUAGAUGAAUAUGAUGAAUGAUGAAUGUUGCAUAUUCUUGUAUGCAAAUUUGAUGGUUUGGAUGUAGAGAGGGUGGAUUUGCUUUGAAGAAGCCUUCUUUUCUAUUUUGACUCUCAUGGCUCUGUUUCUUGGCUACUGCUGUGCUGUUUGAUUCAUGGGAUUCUUGUUUGUGUCAAAUGUUUUAUAUAUAUGUAACUUCUUUUAGUAA